AUGUCUGCAGCAACUUCUUCUUCGUCUGCGCCUUCGGCCACGAAGGAGAAGCUUCACAUCAUUGACCAGCCAUGGACCCGGGAUAACUGGCACCAGCAUUUUAACUGGCUGAACGUCGGUGUCCUUACCCUCCCACCUUUGCUCGGAUUGUACGGUCUCCUCUACGUUCCCAUCCACAUGAAGACCGCUCUCUGGGCCGUCAUCUACUACUUCAUGACCGGUCUCGGUAUCACCGCCGGUUACCACCGUCUCUGGGCACACAGGUCCUACUCCGCCUCGUUCCCUCUGCGUCUCUUCUUGGCCGCCGUCGGUGGCGGUGCCGUUGAGGGUUCUAUCAGGUGGUGGUCCCGCGAUCACCGUGCUCACCACCGUUUUACCGACACUGAGAAGGAUCCUUACUCCGUUCGCAAGGGUCUCCUUUACUCUCACUUGGGAUGGAUGCUCCUUAAGCAGAACCCCAAGAAGAUCGGCCGUACUGAUAUCUCCGACCUUAACGCCGACCCCAUCGUCGUCUGGCAGCACAAGAACUACAUCAAGACCCUGUUCGUUAUGGGAUUUAUCUUCCCUACCGUCGUCGCUGGUUUCUGCUGGGGUGACUGGAAGGGUGGAUUCUUCUACGCUGCUAUCUGCCGCUUGGUCUUCGUUCACCACGCUACUUUCUGCGUCAACUCCCUCGCUCACUGGCUCGGUGACCAGCCUUUCGAUGACCGUCACUCCCCCCGUGACCACGUCGUUACCGCUCUCGUUACUCUCGGUGAGGGUUACCACAACUUCCAUCACACCUUCCCCUCUGACUACCGUAACGCUAUCCGCUGGUGGCAGUACGACCCCACCAAGUGGGUUAUCUGGACUUGUAAGGUUCUUGGUUUGGCGUCCGACUUGAAGCAGUUCAACGAGAACGCAAUUCAGCAGGGUUUGGUCAUGCAAGCCCAGAAGAAGCUCGACCAGCGCCGUUCCGUGCUCGAUUGGGGUAUUCCCAUCGAGACCCUCCCCAUCAUGUCCUACGACGACUUUGAGGAGCAGUCCAAGGCCGGCAAGAAACUCGUUCUCGUCGCUGGUGUCGUUCACGAUGUUUCCGAGUUCGUUAAUCAGCACCCUGGAGGUAUUGCUCUUAUCCGCUCUGGUAUCGGAAAGGAUAUGACUUCUGCCUUCAACGGUGGUGUUUACGACCACUCUAACGCUGCUCACAACCUCCUCGCUACCAUGCGUGUCGCUGUUGUCCGUGGUGGUAUGGAAGUCGAGAUAUGGAAGCAGAGUAUGCGUGAGGCUGAGAUGAGGGAGAGGAAGACUGUGGAUCCCCCGAAGGACACCAUGGGUCAGAAGAUCGUGAGGCAGGGUGAUCAGGCGACGAAGACUCACAAGCACAACGCUGAGGCUGUUGCUGCUACCGCCAACUAA